UCUUUUAAAGUGCAGGCGGAGGUUCGCGGCCAGACCUCUCACUUUCAGAUGCCUUUUUACCUACACGUGUAUAAAGGUUCAAGUAUCGCCUUAGAGAUAAGCUGCUGCUGUGGCGAUCGGUAAAGCUCAGCUCACGGUAGACUUCUCAGGACUUGAAGAACAAGAAGAAGAACCAGUCACAGGUCCUGAAGAUGAUGUCACUCUCGAGCUUGGUCGGUUUUAUGGGCGUCUUCAAAAGCGAACGGACCCACGAAUGGAUUGCUCGUUGGUUAGCUCAGGUAGUGACAGCCUGCAGCGACCUACCGUGUUAUCUUCGACCAGCUCCAGCCUGACAUUUGACUUGAAGAUCAGACACUCCCUAUAAAUGGUGUGCCGUCUCUCACGAGCUAAAGUCCUCCGCUGUCUCUGCACACGUUGUCGAUCUUCGGUGUGUCUUGUAUGCAUGCCCACAACUGAAGGGACCUAGGUAGGAGAUUUUGAGGAGCUCGGCAUGAUUCUUGAUUUGUUCUGAUCCAGAAGCAAACGCACUUUUGUUCUUGGUUGCAUAAUCGAGCAGAGGGGCCAGCACUGAACAGAAAGCCGAGCUGAAGAACCAGUGCAGCUCUGCUGCUCGUGGAGCACGAGGAGGUUUAGAGAUCGGACUACAGACGUCAUGAUCAUGAAGAUUCUUCACGGUCUUCUCAUUGCACAGUGCAUGAUCUCCGCUGCUGUCUUCGGCCAGCAGCCGUGGGCUUCGCCCAAAUCAAGAAGGCUGUUACAGCAGACAUUGGCGGAUUGUCUUGCGCCGUCGGGAGCAAGGUUGGUGUACCCGACCGACUCAGACUACGAGUCAGCGAGGGGCCAUGUCUACAACCACCGCUAUCUGUACAAUCCAGCAGUGUUCGUGUUCUCGACCACAACCGCUCAUGUCCAAAGCGCCGUGCAGUGCGCAGUCCAGCUCAAUCUCGGCAUCGCUCCUCGAUCAGGAGGCCAUUCCUACGAAGAUUACUCUCUCGGUGGAAGAGACGGAAUCAUAGUGGUGGAUCUGGAAGGCCUGAACGCAGUGACUCUCGAUUCGGGCUCAGGGAUCGCGUCAGUGGGCGGAGGGACGAGGUUAGGCCCCUUGAAGCUGGCUCUGUGGGAGCAAGGCCAAGUGACGAUUCCUUCGGGCACUUGUCCAAGCGUCGGAGUCGGAGGGCAUUCCCUCGGCGGCGGCUGGGGCUUCGUCGCGAGAAAAUGGGGGCUCAUGGCCGACAGCUUGGUCGCAGCCGAGCUCGUGACGGCCAACGGCACGCUCGUGACCGCAAGCGCCAGCCAGAACUCGGACCUGCUCUUCGCUCUCAAAGGAGCUGGCGCCAAUUCCUUCGGCAUCGUGACCACGUUCUUCUUCACGACGUACGCAGUGUCGGACGCGGUCACGUACUUCAACUACGACUACGGCGGCAACAGCAGCGCGGACGACCAGGCGCUCACGCUGAGGGCGUUCCAGGCGUGGGGAGCGGGCGCGACGAAGGACGUGUCGGCGUCGCUCUUCCAGGCGCCGAGUGGAGGGAACUUCUUCUGGGGCGUGUUCCUGGGUCGCAAGGCCGACCUCAAGGGCGCGCUGCAGACCUUCUUCGACGGCGCGCCCGUGCCCUCCUACGGCACGACGACGGAGCUCGAGGUCGACUACAUCCGGUCGGUGGUCAUCAACGCCGGAUUCGCUGAGUCCGACCCGAUCUCGGUUCUGAGUCUGCAGGACUUCACGUACGAGUCGCGCUUCUUCAAGUCCAAGUCCAUCUUCGUCAAGGGCGCGGGCUGGCCCGAGGCCGGCAUCCAGGCCUACGUCAGUGCUCUGCGCCAGGGCCCGUCCUUCGGGCAACAGUCGGGAGCGUACAUGAUCAUGGACCUUUUCGGAGGCGGCGACUCCGUUAUCAACUCCGUCCCCUCGGCCAGCACGGGCUUUGUUCACCGCGACUCGUUGUACAGCAUUCAGAUGUUCACGUACUGGGACGGGCCGCAGGACGAUACCGCCGACAUCAGCUGGAUCCAGGGCAUCUGGAACACCGUCCGGCCGUAUUCUUCCGCCGAGGCCUACCAGAAUUACAUCGACAGUGACAUGCCGGUGUCCGCUUACUACGCUUCGAACCUCGACGCGCUCAAGGCUGUCAAACGGCGAUGGGACCCAUCCAACAUUUUCAACUUUCCCAAAAGCAUCCCUCUGAAUUAGUACCUCAGUUCUACUGCACGUAGCGACUUUCCGCAGUGCGUUUGCGUUCGAGUCUAGCACGCUAGCGAUCAGAUCUCAACUUCAGUAGGCUGAAUGUAUAGAGAGCUGGUGCAGAAUGACUGCCCAGCUAGAGCCCGCAGGAUGGAAUCCGCCGAAUCUAGCUGUCGAGUGAUUCUUAUUCGAGCGGUGAAAAUUAUUAGAAUGUCUGAGUUCCCAGUGGCUCGGAGUGCAACAGCAACUCCGAGGAGCAAUUGAGGUUCGUACCGUGUAUUGACACAUUUGGAGAUACUGUAGUGAAUCUACAGUCUUACUACUAAGACUGAAGUCCCAAUAUACAUACAGUCACAGUUAGUGAACUCGUUAGGCCUCAUUCGGAACCUCAAUGGUCCGUUUCUUAGUGAUCGAAACUGCACAACGCGUAUAUGGCAACUUAUUCGUUUUAGUCCUUCAAGCAUGCAUGGAUGUGACGAGAGAAUCUUUGAGGUAUGUUCCCAAUUUCAGAACCAAGGACAAAUAUACUGAAUAUAACAUAGAAGACAGCCUACAUGUACAGCCAUCCGGCAACUACAUCUGAAUAAAAUUAUAUCCUCCUGUGAAGGUUUUUGCUCGAUGGA